CGAGCCGCUGAGCCCCGCGGCGGCCGCGAGCUGCAUGGGGGAGCGCGGGCCGCGCUCGGGAAGAUGCCCCGGCCGGAGUUACCCCUGCCGGAGGGCUGGGAGGAGGCGCGCGACUUCGACGGCAAGGUCUACUACAUAGACCACAGGAACCGCACCACCAGCUGGAUCGACCCACGGGACAGGUACACCAAACCACUUACCUUUGCUGACUGCAUUAGCGAUGAGUUGCCGCUAGGAUGGGAAGAAGCAUAUGACCCACAGGUUGGCGAUUACUUCAUAGACCACAAUACCAAAACCACUCAGAUCGAGGAUCCGAGGGUGCAAUGGCGGCGGGAGCAAGAGCACAUGCUGAAGGAUUACCUGGUGGUGGCCCAGGAGGCUCUCAGUGCACAAAAGGAGAUCUACCAGGUGAAGCAGCAGCGCCUGGAGCUGGCACAGCAGGAGUAUCAGCAGUUACACGCCGUCUGGGAGCAUAAGCUGGGCUCCCAGGUCAGCUUGGUCUCUGGGUCGUCGUCCAGCUCCAAGUAUGACCCUGAGAUCCUGAAAGCUGAAAUCGCCACUGCGAAAUCCCGGGUCAACAAGUUGAAGAGAGAGAUGGUCCACCUGCAGCAUGAACUGCAGUUCAAAGAGCGUGGCUUUCAGACCCUGAAGAAGAUUGACAAGAAAAUGUCCGAUGCUCAGGGUGGCUACAAACUGGAUGAGGCCCAGGCUGUGUUGAGGGAAACCAAAGCAAUCAAGAAAGCCAUCACUUGCGGAGAAAAGGAGAAGCAAGACCUGAUCAAGAGCCUUGCCAUGCUGAAGGAUGGCUUCCGCACAGACAGAGGUUCUCACUCUGACCUAUGGUCCAGCAGCAGCUCUCUGGAGAGUUCCAGCUUCCCCAUGCCAAAGCAGUUCCUGGACGUGAGCUCACAGACGGACAUCUCUGGGAGUUUCGGCACCAGCAGCAGCAACCAGUUGGCAGAGAAGGUCAGACUGCGCCUGCGGUAUGAAGAGGCUAAGAGAAGGAUCGCCAACCUCAAAAUCCAGCUGGCCAAACUUGACAGUGAGGCCUGGCCUGGGGUGCUAGACUCAGAGAGGGACCGGCUGAUCCUCAUCAACGAGAAGGAGGAACUGCUGAAGGAGAUGCGCUUUAUCAGCCCCCGGAAGUGGACCCAGGGAGAGGUGGAACAGCUAGAGAUGGCCCGGAGGCGACUGGAGAAGGACCUGCAGGCAGCCCGGGACACCCAGAGCAAGGCACUGACUGAGAGGUUGAAGUUAAACAGCAAGAGGAACCAGCUGGUGAGAGAACUGGAGGAAGCCACUCGGCAGGUGGCCUCUCUGCACUCGCAGCUGAAAAGCCUCUCAAGUAGCAUGCAGUCCCUGUCUUCAGGCAGCAGCCCUGGGUCACUCACAUCCAGCCGGGGCUCCCUGGCUGCCUCCAGCCUGGACUCCUCCACCUCAGCCAGCUUCACUGACCUCUAUUAUGACCCGUUCGAGCAGCUAGACCCGGAGCUCCAGAGCAAGGUGGAACUGCUCUUCCUGGAGGGCGGCACAGGCUUCCGGCCCUCGGGCUGCAUCACCACCAUCCACGAGGAUGAGGUGGCCAAGACACAGAAGGCAGAGGGAGGCAGCCGCCUGCAGGCCUUACGCUCCCUGUCUGGCACUCCAAAAUCCAUGACUUCCCUGUCGCCACGCUCCUCUCUCUCCUCCCCGUCCCCUCCCUGCUCCCCUCUCAUCGCUGAUCCCCUCCUGUCUGGAGAUGCCUUUCUGACCCCACUGGAGUUUGAAGACACAGAGCUGAGUACUGCUCUCUGUGAGCUGAGCCUCGGCAGCAGCACCCGGGAAAGAUACCAGCUAGAGGAAUCAGGACCUGAGGGCAAGCCACUGGGCCAAGCGGCAGGUGUGGCCCCAGGGUGUGGCCUGAAAGUGGCCUGUGUGUCUGCUGCAGUGUCUGACGAGUCCGUGGCUGGGGACAGUGGUGUGUACGAGCCUUCUGCGCAGAGACUGGGCACUUCUGAAGCUGCUACAUUCGACAGUGAAGAAUCAGAAGCCAUGGGAGCCACCCAGGUUCAAAUUGCCCUGAAGUAUGAUGAGAAGAAUAGACAAUUUGCAAUAUUAGUAAUCCAGCUGAGUAACCUCUCCGCUCUGUUACUGCAGCAAGAGCAGAAAGUGAACAUCCGUGUAGCCAUCCUGCCUUGCUCUGAAAGCAGCACCUGCCUGUUCCGAACCCGGCCUCUAGACUCUGCAGAUACCCUCGUGUUCAAUGAGGCAUUCUGGGUGUCUAUGUCCUACCCAGCCCUUCACCAGAAGACCUUACGUGUAGAUGUCUGUACCACAGACAGGAGCCAUGCAGAAGAGUGCCUGGGAGGCGCCCAGAUCAGCCUGGCUGAGGUCUGCCGGUCUGGGGAGAGGUCAACACGCUGGUACAACCUCCUGAGCUACAAAUACUUGAAGAAACAGUGCAGGGAACCCCAACCAGCGGGAGCUACAGGGCCUGACCACAAGGAGGGGUACCUGUCUGAGACGCUGGUAGGUAAGGUGGCACCCGGAGCCCCUGCUGAUCUGGCGGCCUCUGUCUCUCAGGAUACUGUGUCUGCCCUGCUGGAACAGACGGCUGUGGAGCUGGAGAAGAGGCAGGAGGGGAGAAGCGGCUCCCAGACACUGGAGGGCAGCUGGACGUAUGAGGAAGAGACCAGCGAGAAUGAAGCAGUAGCUGAGGAGGAGGAAGAGAGAGAGGAAGAGGAGGGAGAGGAAGAUGUCUUCGCUGAAAAGGUCUCCCCGGAGGCAGAGGAGUACCCAGCACUAAAGGUGGACAGAGAGACCAAUACUGAGAGCGUGGCCCCAUCCCCCACAGUGGUGCGGCCCAAGGACCGGCGGGUGGGUGCCCCUUCCACAGGGCCAUUUCUUCGAGGGAACACCAUCAUCCGCUCCAAGACCUUCUCACCUGGACCCCAGAGCCAGUACGUGUGCCGGCUGAAUCGAAGUGACAGUGAUAGUUCCACUCUGUCCAAGAAGCCACCGUUUGUUCGGAACUCCCUGGAGCGUCGGAGCGUCCGGAUGAAGCGGCCUUCGUCAGUCAAGUCCGUGCGCACAGAGCGCCUGAUCCGCACCUCGCUGGACCUGGAACUAGACCUACAGGCGACGAGGACCUGGCACAGCCAGCUGACUCAGGAGAUCUCAGUGCUGAAGGAGCUAAAGGAGCAUUUGGAGCAAGCCAAGAACCACGGGGAGAAGGAGCUGCCACAGUGGCUGCGGGGAGAUGAACGCUUCCGCCUGCUGCUGAGGAUGCUGGAGAAGAGGGUGGAUCGUGCAGAGCACAAGAGCGAGCUGCAAACAGACAAGAUGAUGAGGGCGGCCGCCAAGGACGUGCGCAGGCUUCGCGGCCAGAGCUGCAAGGAGCCACCGGAAGUGCAGUCUUUCAGAGAGAAGAUGGCAUUUUUCACCCGGCCCCGGAUGAACAUCCCAGCUCUCUCUGCAGACGACGUCUGACCACCAGAAAAGUAUUUCUUUGUUGCACGGACCAUGCUGUGAAGGUUGACUGUGGCUAAAGUUAUUUAUGAGGCAGUAUAUGAAGGUACCCAGUCACAAGUCCCCGAGCGCUCUUGUUGGUUUGAAGACUGACAGACUUUUUAGUUCAGGUUUUCUUGUUAUAUUUAAACAAUGACAAAGCAACCAUAACAACAACAACAACAACAAAACCAACCAAACAAACACACACACACAAAAAAACCAGCAUUAAAAUGACAAGAUUGUAUAGUUUGUAUAUUUAGGAAUGUAUUUUUGGGAAAGAAAAUUUAAAUGAACUGAAGCAGUGUUAAGUGGCUGCUCUUCUUCAAAUUGUCUAGAGUUUUCUUUUUGUACAGCAACAACUUUUAGAGAUUUCCCUGCAAUAAAAGGUCGUGUUUGAGGAAUGGUGAUCCUCAAGAAGAAGUGCUGCAGCCGGCACAGCACAGCUAACCUGUCCUAGUUAACGUAUUUUGUACAAUAUUACAAAGAGGAGGAUGUACAGAAACUGUCGGGGGGAUUCCAAGAUUGUCCACGGAUCUUUGUGAGCUGUGAUGUGUUUUUGAAUGUGGCCGCCUGACCUGAAGCAGGCGGCGUGAAGCUGGCUGUGUAAGGCCAGCCCAAACCAGUGACAGGCUACACCCAACUCAGACGCCCAGUGAAGCCGCUAACAGAGUGAGGGGAGGGCUGCGGAGAUCGGCCUUUGGAUUCGUCUCUAUCAAUAAAGUGGCCUUUGAAGA